AUGGGGUUCCUUGGAUUAGACGUGUUCGAUGAAGUGAAGCGAAUGAACAAAAGACAGAUAUACUACCAGGUUUUAACUAUUGCCAUGGUCGUGGCUUCUGCUCUGAUGAUUUGGAAGCUUUUGGUAGUAUUAAGUUACAGUGAAAGUCCCUUAGUAGUGGUCUUGAGUGGUAGCAUGGAGCCUGCUUUUUACCGUGGUGACGUACUAUAUCUAACUAAUUAUCCCGACGAACCUAUCCGAGUGGGUGACAUUGUUGUCUUUAAAAUAGAAGGCAGGGAAAUUCCAAUUGUCCAUCGAGUGCUUAAACUGCAUGAAAGCGUUAAUGGCUCCAUUAAGUUCCUCACCAAGGGAGAUAACAAUCCUGUUCAUGAUCGUGGUUUAUAUGCUCCUGGUCAAGAUUGGUUGACACCAUCUCAUCUGAUAGGACGAGCAAGAGGCUUUAUUCCUCAUGUUGGACAAGUUACUAUUAUUAUGAAUGAAAAUCCCCGACUGAAGACAGGUUAUACCAGCCAGUUACAUUCCGAUCUGACCAAUGGUCUAAGCUAAACGGUCUUACCUUAAAUCCCUAUAAAUGUCACACUGUUAACUUCACCUUUAGGUAUAUAAACGUGAUCUACGAGGACUGGUUAGUUCACAUGAUGCUUGUAGCAUGGAGAGGGUACUGAAAUAGAAACUAAAUCUAACACAAAAUACCUUGAUGUCCUUCUAUUCUCCCAUCUUUCUUGAUCACUCCACAUCUUGUCCAUUUCUAAGAAAAUGUCUCGUCUAACCUACUACAUUAAGAAGUUAAGGCAAUCAGAAAUCCCUCAACCUCUACUUUUACAGUCUGUUAACUUUUGUAUUUUACCUGUUGUACUUUACUGCUCCCCUGUCUU